GUGACGCACACACAAAUGAUUCUGAGGGGAGGAAAACACUCAAGCAGCUACAGCCGCAGAGUGAAGACUAGAGGAAUAGGAGGAAGUAGACCAGUGUGCUGCUGACUGUGUCUUAUCUUCAUAAGCAACAGAGAUGUCAUCGCCCCCUUCUAAACCGGACGUCAGUGAUACCUCGUCCCUCCCUGAAAACCCCGCCUCCAACCCCGCCUCUCUGUCUUCCUCCCCCUCCUCCUCCCCCGCCCCUGAGGAGCUGAGGCUGGUGCUGCUGGGCCGAAGGGCGUCGGGGAAGAGCGCGGCGGGGAAUGCCAUCCUGGGCCGGGAGGUGUUCCUGUCGCAGAAAAAUGAUGACGAGGUGGCCGUCACUCAGGAGUGUGAAAAGAGGAGGGGCGUUGUGGCUGGGAGACAGGUGGCUGUGAUUGACACGCCGGACUGGUUCUGCUCAAAGCGCCCCCGGGAGGAAGUGCGCCGCCAGAUCUCCGCGUGCGCGGCCCUCUCGGCCCCGGGGCCCCACGCCUUCCUCCUGUGCGUGCCCCUGGAUCGCCCCGCCGAGGUGGAGCUCCAGGCCCUGGGGGCGCUGGGGGAGGUGUUCGGCCCGGGCGCGGUCAGCGGCCACACCCUGGUCCUCUUCACCCACGCCGACGAGGUGGCGGAGGCCGGGGGGGCCGAGGACUACAUCGCCAACCAGCGCGAGGACCUGCUGGAGCUGACGGAGAGGUGCGGCGACCGCUACCACGUGCUGGAGGUCGGGGGCGGGGCCGAGGGGGCCGGGGGCGAGGCCGAGGGGGCGGAGAGCAGCGUCUGCCGCCUGCUGGAGAAGGUGGAGCAAAUAGUGAGGGAUGGGGGCGGGGCCCACUACACCUCCAGCCUCUUCCAGGAGGCGGAGGCCAGGGUGCUGCAGCGGCAGGAGGAGAUCAUGAAGGAACACCAAGCGAGAAAAGAAGAGGGGGAAGGAGAGGGGGAGGAAGAGCAGGAGGAGGAGGAAGAGCAAGAUGAGGCAAAGGAAAGGGAGCAAGUGAGGGAGGAGGCGGAGAGGAGUGUGCACGAUCUGACGCUGGACACCAUUCCCGCCCUCUUCGCCUCCUCCCCUCCUCCAUCGUUCCUGCGCUCCAUAUGGGAGACGCUGGUGGGGUGGGUGAGGGCAGUGACCAAGUAUAUUCGGCGUGAAGCCCUGCUGGGCAGCGUGGUUGGGAUGCUGGUUGGGGGACCCUUGGGGAGUGCUUUAGGGGCGACGGUGGGCUCAGUGGCAACAGAAGUAGGGAGACGGAAACAUGUCAAAAAACAGUAAAACUCCAUCCGCAAAGCUCACAGAUUUCUUUUCUACUGAUCUGAAAAUAUUAGUUAUUGCAUAUGGUGUGUCAGUUUGUUGGCCAGACUGUAAAUGUUGGUCACACCAACAAAGAGCCAUUAGACUUACAUAUAUAAAAAGGAGAACAUGAACUGCAAAUACCCUAUGUAAUGCUUCACAUGACACUGUACCAGCAAUACAAAAAAGCUGCUGUUUUGGCACUGCUGACACAUCUGGGCAUCACUACUGAAAUCAGUAUCACAACAAGCGAAAGUUGUCCGUUUAUCUAUUGGGCCUUUUAUUUUAGUUUUUUAUGACUCAAAUACACAAUAUUUUCCAAUCAAUCUAAAUCUUAACUUUGCAACAUAGCACUUUGCUGUUGUGGUUAUCUGUAAAAUAAUUGGACGGGAUUUGUAUUAUUUUUGUCGGUAAAAUAUUGGGACGUUUAUUUUUAUUUAAUAUCCUGCGAUCAUGUAUGACGCACGUGCUAGUGGGUGCUCGGCUCCAUUAUGCGGCUGUGCUAACCAUAGAAGUAUUACGUACGUUUUAUGUAAAAUGGACCACUCGUUGGAUAUCCUAAACGAUUACUGAAAAUAAGUCACUACUCCACUAUGCCCGCUACAAUUUAUUGUUGGGCGUAUUUAUUUUGCUACACCUAUCACCUACUCAUCAUCCAUUUUCCUUUGCCAUUCCGCACGAAAUUGUGCGUCAUCCUGUUUUUGAACACUAGAUGGCGCCGAUUGAAACGUGGCUUCAAUCAUGGAAUUAAUGCUUGAAUACCGUAUUUCUGAAUCUACAGCUAUUAAAAAGAAAGUAACCUGUGUAGUGCAUUUGUUGAACAUUGUCAUUAUACGUGUAAUGCAGAUAUGUGCGUAGCAUUGAAAUUUAAGCAGGUGAAUAUCACUAUAUCGAAGACACAUUUAGAUAAUAUGAAAGCCUUUGUAUGUACCUUGUAUGUCAGAAUAUCUCAUCUCCUACUCGCUUUAUACGCACUUGUGUGCCAGGUGCUGGUUUUCUCACUUUGGAGUGGGGAGCUUGUGACCAGAAUGUUUGUCACGGAACUGACCAGAAGUACGAAACUGGAUGAAUAAAUGUAUAACACUGAUGAAAUGAACAUGAGAAAAACGGAGACACGCUGAGAGAAACCUAAAUAAACAAACAAAUGAAGAACA